AUGGGCUCCGAGGCGGCGGCUCUGCUGGAGGCCGCGGACUUCGCCGCCAAGAAGCACAAGGGGCAGCGGCGGAAGGACCCCGAGGGAACCCCCUACAUCAACCACCCCAUCGGCGUAGCCAGGAUCCUGGCCCUGGAGGCCGGUGUGAAGGACACGGUGGUGCUGCAGGCCGCCCUCCUGCACGACACAGUGGAGGACACGGACACGACGUUCUCGGAGAUCGAGGAGCGGUUCGGGGCGGCCGUGAGGCGCGUGGUGGAGGAGGUGACGGACGACAAGGGGCUGCCCAAGAUGGAGAGGAAGCGGCUGCAGGUGGAGCGGGCGGCCGGCAGCAGCCCCCGCGCCAAGCUGGUCAAGCUGGCCGACAAGCUGGACAACCUGCGGGACCUGAACCGCUGCACCCCGGAAGGGUGGUCGCCGCAGCGCGUGCAGGAGUACUUCCAGUGGGCGGCGGAGGUGGUGGCGGGGCUGCGCGGGACCAGCGCCCCGCUGGAGGCGGCGCUGCAGCGGCUGUUCCGGGAGCGCGGCCUGUGACCGCCCCGGGGCGCCGCGGGCGGGGCGCGGUGGCCAAUAAAGAUGCUCAGAACGGA